AUGAAUUAUUUCCCAGAUGAAGUGUUAGAGCAUAUUUUUGAUUUUGUAACAUCACAAAGAGACAGGAACUCAGUGUCUCAAGUAUGUAAACCGUGGUACAAGAUCGAAAGUAGUUGCAGGCAAAAGGUUUUUGUAGGGAACUGUUAUGCAAUCAGUCCUGAGAGAGUGAUUGAGAGGUUUCCAGGUUUAAAAUCUAUUUUUUUAAAAGGAAAGCCUCAUUUUGCUGAUUUUAAUUUGGUUCCACAUGAUUGGGGAGGCUUUGUUUAUCCAUGGAUUGAAGCUUUUGCAAGGAAUAAUGUGGGGUUAGAGGAGCUCAAGUUGAAGAGGAUGAUAAUAUCCGAUGAGUGCUUGGAGCUGAUUUCAAGAUCUUUUCCCAAUUUCAAGUCCUUGGUUCUUGUUAGUUGUGAAGGCUUCACUACUGAUGGCCUGGCUGCUAUUGCUUCUAAUUGUAGGUUCCUUAGGGAGCUGGACCUGCAGGAAAAUGAUGUCGAGGAUCAUAGAGGCCAUUGGCUUAGCUGCAUUCCUGACACCUGUACAUCUCUUGUAUCACUUAAUUUUGCAUGUCUCAAAGGAGAUGUCAAUUUAGCAGCUCUUGAGAGACUUGUGGCAAGAUCUCCUAAUCUGAGGAGUUUGAGGUUAAAUCAUGCAGUACCACUUGAUAUACUUCAAAAAAUAUUGAUGCGAGCACCUCAUUUAGUGGACUUGGGUGUAGGUUCUUAUGUACACGAUCCAGAUUCUGAGACUUAUAAUAAAUUAGUGACUGCUAUUCGAAGGUGUAAGUCAGUCAAGAGUUUGUCAGGGUUUCUGGAUGUUGCUCCUCACUGCCUAUCAGCUUUUCACUUAAUUUGCCCACGCCUGACUUCCUUGAACCUAAGCUAUGCUCCAGGAAUCCACGGUACUGAGCUCGUAAAGCUAAUUCGUCACUGCAGGAAACUCCAGCGCUUAUGGAUACUGGAUUGCAUUGGAGAUGAAGGAUUAGAAGUUGUAGCUUCGACUUGCAAAGAUUUGCAGGAAAUAAGGGUCUUUCCUUCUGAUCCAUUCGUUGGGAAUGCAGCUGUGACAGAAGUGGGCUUGGUCGCUCUUUCACGUGGUUGCCCUAAGCUUCAAUCAAUUCUAUACUUCUGUCAGCAGAUGACCAAUGCAGCCCUGAUAACUGUAGCUAAGAACUGCCCGAAUUUUACCCGCUUUCGGUUGUGCAUCCUUGACCCCACAAAACCAGACGCUGUGACCAAUCAGCCAUUGGAUGAAGGUUUUGGGGCUAUCGUUCACUCGUGCAAGGGUCUCAGGCGGUUGUCAAUGUCUGGCCAGCUGACUGAUCAAGUUUUCCUCUACAUUGGAAUGUAUGCCGAGCAGCUUGAAAUGCUUUCUAUUGCAUUUGCUGGGGACACUGACAAGGGAAUGCAGUAUCUGUUGAAUGGUUGCAAGAAACUUCGCAAGCUAGAGAUAAGGGACUGCCCUUUUGGCAAUGCAGCGCUUUUAAUGGACGUGGGAAAGUAUGAAACAAUGCGAUCCCUUUGGAUGUCAUCCUGCGAAAUUACCCUUGGAGGCUGCAAGUCCCUUGCAAAGAAGAUGCCCAGGCUCAAUGUGGAGAUCAUAAAUGACAAUGAUCAGAUGGAAGUUAGUGCAGAUGAUAGGCAAAAGGUAGAGAAGAUGUACCUGUAUCGGACAUUGGCAGGGCAAAGGAAAGAUGCACCAGAGUUCGUGUGGACUCUGUAG